AUGGAGGCGGCGCGCACGGAGCGCCCCGCAGGCUGGCCCCGGGCGCCUCUCGCCCGCACCGGGCUCCUGCUCCUGUCGACGUGGGUCCUGGCCGGCGCCGAGAUCACUUGGGACGCAACGGGCGGUCCUGGGCGCCUCGCGUCUCUGGCUUCGCGGUCCCCGGCGCUGCCUCCUCUCUCGCUGCGGGCAGUGGCAAGCCAGUGGCCGGAGGAGCUGGCGACUGUACGGAGAGGCGCCGCACUGGGGCGCCGGCAGGGACCAGAGCCACUGCCCCAGCCAGGCGGAGGCAGCGGCAGAAAGAAGCAGGGAGAAGCCGGAGGGCUGUUGCCGGCAGGCGCGCAGUGGGGACGGGGCAUCUCGGCUCCUGGCAAGCCUGGCGGCACAAGGAGGAGUCGCCGGGCGCAGCCCCCCAGUGCCCUGGAACGCGGAGACACCCAGGCUACUGUCUUAGCCGAUGGUUCCAGAGGAAGCCGCUCUCUGGCCAAGGGUCUCCGGGAGGAGGUGAAGGCACCACGGGCUGGGGGGUCGGCGUCCGAAGAGCUCCGGCUACCCAGCACCUCGUUCGCGCUGACCGGGGACUCGGCCCACAACCAAGCCAUGGUGCACUGGUCGGGACACAACAGCAGCGUUAUACUUAUCCUGACGAAGCUGUAUGACUUCAACCUGGGAAGCGUGACAGAGAGCUCACUUUGGAGAUCAACAGAUUACGGCACCACCUAUGAAAAGCUCAAUGACAAAGUGGGCUUGAAGACUGUCCUCAGUUACCUCUACGUCAAUCCCACCAACAAAAAGAAGAUCAUGCUUCUUAGUGAUCCUGAGAUGGAGAGCAGCAUAUUGAUCAGCUCAGAUGAAGGGGCAACCUAUCAGAAAUACCGGCUCACCUUCUAUAUCCAGAGUCUGCUCUUUCACCCCAAGCAAGAGGACUGGGUGCUGGCCUACAGUCUGGAUCAAAAGCUCUACAGCUCCAUGGACUUUGGGAGACGGUGGCAACUCAUGCAUGAACGCAUCACACCCAACAGGUUUUACUGGUCGGUGGCCGGAUUGGAUAAGGAGGCGGACUUGGUGCACAUGGAAGUGCGGACAGCUGAUGGAUAUGCUCACUACCUCACCUGCAGGAUCCAGGAAUGUGCUGAGACUACGCGGAGUGGGCCUUUUGCCCGCUCCAUUGACAUCAGUUCCCUGGUCGUCCAGGAUGAAUAUAUCUUCAUUCAGGUAACAAGUGGUGGAAGAGCCAGCUACUACGUGUCUUACCGAAGAGAAGCCUUCACUCAGAUAAAGCUGCCCAAGUACUCGCUGCCCAAGGACAUGCACAUCAUUAGUACCAAUGAGAACCAAGUGUUCGCAGCUGUCCAAGAAUGGAACCAGAAUGACACGUACAACCUCUACAUCUCAGACACACGUGGGAUCUACUUCACCCUGGCCAUGGAGAACAUUAAGAGCAGCAGAGGUCUGAUGGGAAACAUCAUUAUUGAAUUGUAUGAGGUAGCAGGUAUCAAAGGGAUAUUCCUGGCAAAUAAGAAGGUGGAUGGCCAAGUGAAGACAUACAUCACUUACAACAAAGGCAGGGAUUGGCGCCUCCUGCAAGCUCCAGACGUGGACCUGAGAGGAAGCCCAGUACACUGCCUGCUGCCCUUCUGCUCCCUGCACCUACACUUGCAGAUCUCCGAAAAUCCGUAUUCCUCAGGGAGGAUCUCCAGCAAGGAGACGGCUCCAGGGCUCGUGGUGGCCACAGGCAACAUUGGUCCAGAGCUCUCAUAUACUGAUAUCAGCGUGUUCAUCUCUUCCGAUGGGGGCAACACAUGGAGACAGAUCUUUGAUGAAGAGUACAAUGUCUGGUUCCUAGACUGGGGUGGCGCCCUCGUGGCCAUGAAACACACACCUCUGCCAGUCAGGCAUUUGUGGGUGAGUUUUGACGAGGGCCACUCCUGGAACAAGUACGGUUUCACUUCGGUUCCUCUUUUUGUGGACGGUGCUCUGGUGGAGGCAGGCGUGGAGACCCAAAUUAUGACAGUUUUUGGCCACUUCAGCCUCCGCUCGGAAUGGCAGUUGGUGAAGGUGGGCUACAAAUCUAUCUUCAGCCGGCGCUGCGGCAAAGAGGAUUAUCAGACCUGGCACCUGCUCAAUCAGGGGGAGCCGUGCGUCAUGGGAGAAAGGAAAAUAUUCAAGAAACGCAAGCCAGGAGCUCAGUGUGCCCUGGGCCGAGACUCCUCAGGGACGGUGGUCUCAGAACCCUGUGUCUGUGCCGACUGGGACUUUGAAUGUGACUAUGGUUAUGAGAGACAUGGAGAAAGCCAUUGUGUCCCAGCUUUCUGGUACAAUCCAGCAUCCCCGUCAAAGGACUGCAGCCUUGGUCAAAGCUACCUUAACAGCACUGGGUACCGGCGGAUCGUGUCCAACAACUGCACAGACGGACUGAGGGAGAAGUACACUGCCAAGGCCCAGAUAUGCCCGGGAAAAGCCCCUCACGGCCUCCACGUGGUGACGACCGAUGGGCGCCUGGUGGCAGAGCAGGGGCACAAUGCGACCUUCAUCAUCCUCAUGGAGGAGGGUGAUCUCCAAAGGACAAACAUCCAGCUUGACUUUGGGGAUGGGAUUGCAGUGUCCUAUGCUAACUUCAGUCCCAUUGAGGACGGCAUCAAGCACGUGUACAAGAGUGCGGGGAUCUUCCAGGUGACGGCCUAUGCGGAGAACAACCUGGGCUCAGACACAGCUGUCCUCUUCCUGCACGUGGUUUGUCCCGUGGAGCACGUUCAUCUCCGAGUUCCAUUUGUUGCCAUAAGAAAUAAGGAGGUCAACAUCAGUGCAGUUGUGUGGCCCAGCCAGCUGGGGACCCUUACCUAUUUCUGGUGGUUCGGCAAUAGUACAAAGCCCCUCAUCACCUUGGACAGCAGCAUUUCCUUCACGUUCCUAGCAGAGGGGACCAAUACCAUCACUGUCCAGGUGGCUGCUGGGAAUGCCCUCAUCCAGGACACGAAAGACAUCGCAGUUCACGAAUACUUUCAGUCCCAACUCUUAUCAUUCUCUCCUAAUCUGGAUUACCACAAUCCUGACAUUCCGGAGUGGAGGCAAGAUAUUGCCAAUGUGAUCAAGCGGGCUCUGGUGAAAGUAACCAGCAUCCCAGAAGAGCAGAUCCUAGUUGCCGUGUUCCCUGGCCUCCCCACUUCCGCAGAGCUCUUCAUCCUUCCCCCCAAGAACUUGACAGAGAGGAGGAAAGGCAAUGAAGGGGACCUGGAACAAAUUGUAGAGACGCUGUUUAAUGCUCUAAACCAAAAUUUGGUCCAGUUUGAGCUGAAGCCAGGGAUUCAAGUCAUUGUGUAUGUCACACAGCUGACUUUAGCUCCACUGGUGGACUCCAGUGCUGGGCACAGCAGCUCAGCCAUGCUUAUGCUCUUGUCAGUGGUGUUUGUCGGCCUGGCGGUGUUUUUGAUCUACAAAUUUAAAAGGAAAAUCCCCUGGAUUAACAUCUAUGCUCAAGUCCAACACGACAAGGAGCAGGAGAUGAUUGGGUCAGUGAGCCAAAGUGAAAACGCCCCCAAAAUCACACUCAGUGACUUCACCGAGCCCGAGGAACUGCUGGACAAAGAGCUGGACACCCGGGUCAUAGGAGGCAUUGCCACCAUUGCAAACAGCGAAAGCACAAAGGAGAUCCCCAACUGCACUAGUGUUUAAUACCAACAAGCCACGUGGUCAACCAUCUUUCUGACUUUUUAUUUUUGAUGGUUCCUAUUACUCUUAUUAUGGAAAAAUGAAAAUGUCUUUUUUACCUUUUGUUUACCAAGGGCCCCUUCAUAAAUAGCAGGCUUAGCUUUGGUAGGCGAAGGCAUUCGUAACUGAUUAAAAUGAGACACAAAGAAUAAAUGGCUGUAUUUGUGUUAAGGGCAAAGGAUGCAUCUUCCCAUGGCUUUCUUGCUUCAUUCUGCCAUUGAUAGUGCAAGGAAUCUUGUUUUCCUUGAGGUCUUUCUCUCCUUUUAUUUUUUAAGUUGGGUUGGCUUUCCACUAACCUCCCAUCCUCCCCCCGACAAGCCCAAAUCACCAGUACCCGCCUCCUCCCUCCCAGCACGCACCUAAAACGUAAACCAUUUCCCAGUUAGGUCUGCAGGAGGAAGGUUUGUGGGGAGUGAGCGUAGCUGCAGGAAGCGUGCACACCUGUCGGAAGAGGCCCUG